CGUCUUCUCAUCUCGGGGGAGGGUCCCGAACCGGCGGCUCCCCAUAUAAACCUGCCUCCCCCACUCAGCCGGUGGCAUUGGAUCCACUUUCACGGACUUAACUGACUUGGGAAGUAGCUGCAGCCGCCGACAUGCCGACCAAGCCUGCCCCAAUCAAGAAGGCGGCCAAGAAGGAACCAGCCAAGAAGGAGGAGAAAGCUCCAGAGCCGGCACCGGCACCCGAACCCGCCCCGGAACCCGCUCCCGCCGAGGCUGCUCCCGCAGCCGCGGAGGCAGAAGCAGCACCUGCCGAGGCCGCCCCCGCUGAGGCUGCUCCCGCCGAGGGAGACGCCGCCGCCCCGGCAGCUGAGGAGCCCAAAGCCCCGACACCUCCACCCGCUGAUGCUGAAGCUACUGAUGAUGCUGCCGCUGCUGCUGAGCCGGCCGAGCCAGAAGAGCCUAAAGCACCAACCCCUCCUCCGCCUCCUCCUAAAGAGCCAACCAGCGCUCCACUGGACCUGUUUGUUGAGGACAAGAAUGACACUUCAGUGACCAUCAUCUGGAGCCAGCCGGAGACCAUCGGAGUGACUGGUCUGGAUGGCUACACCAUUGAAGUCUGCAAGGAAGGAACCGAGGACUGGAAAGCAGUCAACGAGGACCUGCAGAAGUCCUGCCGUUACGUUAUCAAGAACCUGACCACCGGUGACCGCCUGAAGAUCCGCGUGGUGGCUGUCAACGCAGGUGGCCGCAGCCCCCCUGUAGCCCUCCCUGAGGCCGUCCUGGUGAAGGAAGUCGCAGACCGUCCUAAGGUCCGUCUGCCUCGCUUCCUCCGCCAGAGAUAUGUUGCCUACGUGGGAGACAAGAUCAACCUGACCAUCCCCUUCACCGGCAAACCGAAACCCGUCGUCAGCUGGACCAAGAACGGCACCCCUCUCGACACCAAGAGGGUGAACAUCCGCAGCACCGAUAGAGACAGCAUCCUGUUCAUCCGCGCGUCAGAGAGAGACGACUCUGGAGUGUAUGAGAUGUGUGUGAAGGUGGAGGACUUUGAAGACAAAGCCUCCCUCACCCUGCAAAUUGUUGAGCUGCCCGGUCCUCCCGCCAGCGUGAAGAUUGCAGACACCUGGGGAUUCAACGUUGCCCUGGAGUGGACCCCACCCUCUGACAACGGAAACACAGACAUCACCGGUUACACGAUCCAGAAGGCUGACAAAAAAACCGGAGACUGGUACACUGUGUUGGACCACUACCAUAGACUCAACGCCACCGUCUCUGACCUCAUCAUGGGCAACACCUACAAGUUCCGGGUCUUCUCCGAGAACAAGUGUGGAAUCAGCGAGGAGGCUGCCAUGACCAAGACGGAAGCUACGAUCCAGAAGACAGGUUCAGUUCUCUUCAGCCAUAAUCUGACCUUUUCCACUCUUUUGCUGUUGAAAUCAUUUGUUAUUUUGAACUUCUCUCACUCAGGAAUCGACUACAAGCCUCCCGACUACAAGGAGCACGACUUCAGCGAGGCGCCCAAGUUCACCACCUCCCUGAGCGACAGAUCCACCACCGUCGGCUACAGCACCAAGCUGCUCUGCUCCGUCAGGGGACACCCAAAGCCAAAGAUCGAAUGGAUGAAGAAUCAAAUGAUCAUCGGAGACGACCCCAAGUUCAGGCAGAUUACAGUCCAGGGCAUCUGCUCUCUGGAGAUCCGCAAGCCCGGCAACUUUGACGGCGGCGUGUACACCUGCAGAGCCAAGAACGACCACGGAGAGUCCACGGUCAGCUGCAAGCUGGAGGUCAAACAGCCGGUCAUUGCAGAUGCUGAGAAGAAAUAAGUGGUCAUUUGCACUCGCACAGGACUGUGCGUGGUUCCCGGGCUGAGCGUGUACAUACGGCUGGUGACCUCACUAGCGCAUAGUUGUUGCCUGUGACUUCUCGCUGAGCGUCGUCGUGAUGGACGCUUGAUGCCUUUUAAGUCCAAAUCCAUGUCCACCACCAGCUUUCCCCCCUCCCCCUCACUGACUAUCCAUGGUUCCAACAUGAUCAAACUCUGGAGGCACAUCAAGAAUUUUACAGCAUGACUUCACAUGUAACAUCUGUGUUUUUGU